AUGAGCAAAAUUAAAGUGAUGAGCGUAACAGGUAAUCCAGAUUUAUUGCACUUCAAAAAUUUGCAAUUGACAGAACGAAAAAAGACCUAUGAGAUCUAAGAAAUGCAUGAGUCUGAAUAUGAUCACCAAGUGAAACUGCUGAAAAGGGAUGCUUCAUUGAGAAUUUAAAUUAAGAAAUUACAACCUCUUUGCAAUUAAGAACCGUUUACUAUGGAUGACUCAUUUAUGUCUAAAACAGUGAAAAGGUUUAUAAAAUAGAAAUAUCAUAGACCAUUGUUAUUGAUUUAGAAUGGAACACCUACUGUACAUGCAAGUCGUAGAAUUAAAUUUACUCAGACCAUGAUUAGUUAAGCCUAUGAAUCGUAAUUGAGAUUUUUUAAUUCGAGAAAGAAUAGUAUUUAUGUUUAAUCACUUUUAGCUUAUGUAUAAAUGAUGUUGUCAAUCGAUGAUUAACUCCAUCCUGUUGUUAUUGAAUUAUUUAAUGACUUUGCACCUAAGGCUUGUGAAAAUUUCACCAAAUUCUGCGAAGGUGUCAAUAUUGAAGGCAAAUUUUAUACUUAUAAAAAUAGUAAAUUCACCAAAUACAAACCUAAUGGUUGGUUCAUUUAAGGAGGUUAGUUUGAUAAAAAGAUAUCUAUUUAUGGAGGAUAUUUUGAAGAUGAAUCUUAUGCAUUGAAACAUGAUUGCGAAGGUAUCAUUGGAUUUGCAAACGAUGGAUUUUAGCAUACAAACCAUUCCUAAUUCUAUAUUACUUUGGCACCUAUGCCAUUCUUUGAUUAUAAAAGAGUGGCUUUCGGUAAAAUCAUAAGAGGCAUGAAAUAAAUACUAAAAGUUUUGAAAUAGGAAUCACACACUGAUAUUGUUAUCUAUGAUUGUGGUCGUUAUGAUCAUUAGGCUCAAAUUAGAUUAAAAUUAGAAAAAUUUACAGAUGACUUUUAUUCCAAUAUCCCAGAAAAUACACAAUCAUUUAACAAGUUUAUUGAAGCAGAACAAUUAAAACACAAUGAAGCAUCGGGUGAUUUCACUUAAUUAGUUAAAUAUCUUGUUGAAUAAAUGAGAGUCAUAUCUAAAUUCGUAUAUUCUCUAACAGGUCUAAAGAAAGCUAUUCAAUACUUAAAUGAGUCAUUCCUUAAAACAUAAUAUUGCCAAAUACUCUAUAUCCUUGAUAAUCAAUAGACCUUGUAGGCAGAUAAUCAAUAAUCCAAAUAUAUUGUUGCCUUUCGAGCUGUAGAUGGCACAGAUUCAUGUAGAGCUUCAGCAUUUAUAAUUUUUAAAAAAUAAACUACACAGUUUAAAUAAGUUACCUUGAAUGAUUUUAAACAAUAAGCUGAACAAAUAGCAUCUAUGGGGUAUUGCGUAUAUGGUUAAACAACUUAACUUGUAUUUGGAACUGGAUACAAUUUGAGUAUGUUUACCCUAUAGAAUAAUGAUUUUAAGCUAUAAUAAUAGGAGUUGUAAAUACCGAAAAAAGAAACCUUUUACUCUAAUAAUAUCAAAGAUGACUUCUUAUAAAACAAAAUAAUUGCAAAUCUACCAACAAAGGUUAUGAGAUACACAGAUAGUAUUUUUACUACUCUCCAUCGAGUUGUGCGUCUUGGUGGUUUGGCAAUGUACAAGGAGGUUUCCAUUUUUGAGGCCAUUAUCUGUGCUUUUACUCUAGCCAGAUCAUGGGGAUGGUCAUUUUGUGAUGGAACAACUACUUUCAAUCAAAUUAGAAUUAGAGACAUCAAUUAGUUAACGUAUCUUUAUCUUGGGUAAUAGAAAUGGAUCUAAAAAAUAGAGAACCAUUUUCUAUCAAUAGUUUGA